CUGUGGCUGAGCAGAUCCUGCGACCUCCCGACAGUCUGUUCAAGAUGGCCGCUUGAGUGGAGAAUUUUACACAUCUCCAAUAAAACUAAUCCAGAAGCUAGCUUCCCAGACAACUUUAACCUUCCUGUAAGAUAAUGAGAAGACGGCUGAUCCUGGUUUAGAUGGGAGGAUGGGAAUAAUCGUUCAGCACGGCGUCGGGGUAAUGGAAUAAAACAGUGUUGUCUCCUCUCCCACGGAGUCCUACCUGUCACCUGACCGCAGGUGAUAGUGGUGCUUUUUAUGAAAGUUGUAGAAUCAUAGCUACAACAGCAGAUGACUAACAGCUGGUAACGCCAGAUUAUUUUAAGUGCAUAUUUUGAUUUAUGGCUGUGAAUGUUUUUUAAGACUGACUUCCUCAUUCUCACAUUCAUUUUCGGCCAUCAUGGUUGCCAGUCACUGUGUGACACAGUGGUGCAAACAAAGUUGCUGAGGGACCAGGAAGGAACAAGUUAUUUUGCUACACUUCAGCGACAGACAGUGACUUGUAUGAAAACGAGGAAGUGGUGGGGCGUUAAGGGCCCUCUGACUUAGCCCAGCAUGGACAGCUUCUUCAAGGCAGCUGUAUGUGAUCUGGACAAACUACUCGAUGACUUUGAGCUCAAUACUGAGGAACUUGAUUGCAAAUCAGUUUUCUUGAAGCCCUCUGUGUACCCCUUCUCCUCACUGGGCUCACUGGGCUCACUGGGCUCUCAGGGUUUACCCUCAGAGCCAUCCAGUGUGCCACCAAACCUCCCUGAUCUCAGUUCUCUUCAUUAUGGAUCUGCCACCAGCUGUCCUGACAGCUCCAGCAAUCAUAACCGCUGCAGUGAUGACAGAGAGGUUAAAGGUCAGCCUCUCACCACUGUGGACCUUCUCUCGUCUGUGGAUCGUGGGCCAGCUAAGAGCUCAGCUCCUCCCUGCCCGGACAGAGCUCUGAAACCGGUGUGCGACCUUGUGAAUGACACGAGCUCGGCCAUCCUGGUCAGGGCCAACAGCCAUGAUGCAUUCAGUGAGCUGGACGUGGUGGAGAAGCAAAUGGAGGAGGAGGAGGAGGAGGAGGAGGCGGUGCUGCUUGUAGACUUUGACAGCCCUGUGGUCACUGCAGGAGCUGUGGAGGAGCAUAGACAGCCAAACCAAAGUGCUGGCUGUAGGGACGCCAGCGAGGAGCCAGGCUCCGCGGGCAAAGACGAGCUGCUGGGCUUGGACUCCCACGAGCAGAUUGGUGAAUACUCUGCCUCGCUCAGUCUGCUGGAUGUCAUCCUUCCUGCCGCAGUGGAGAGAGGCUGCGAGUCCACAGACGGUUCACUGUCACCAAGGACCACCGAGUCAGCUGACGAGGAGGAGGGGGACUCCUCAGACCACUGUGAACCGCAGGACCCUCUGCCUGCUGAAGUCGGGGGGGAUAAUGAGGACAAGUCAGAAGGAGCCUCAGAUAAAGGUGAUGCAGAGUCUCCUGUGGGUUUGAAGUCAGGGGCCUCGGACAGCGAACCAGUUGGCUUAUCCUGCCUGCCCUUAGCUGUGUCCAUGUGUGGAGCUCUGGUGAACCCCCAGUCCACCGCAGAGGAGUCGGGGAAGGCUGCAGAGCAGUGUGACGAGGCAGACGUCUCUGAGAGCACGGAGGCAGACUCCAUGUCAACUCUGGAAGCCAGGGAGGACAAGUCCCUUUUUGAAGAGGCUGUUGACCCAUCAGUUUCUGUGUCUCAGCAUGUUGCAGAGGGCAGGGCGUCUCAAGAGGUCCAGCAUUUCUGUCUCAAACCUGCUGCUGCUGUCCCCUCUACAGACUUCGCCGCUUGUGAUCGCCCGGAACCCAGCCCAGUCGAUCCUCCUGAGUUUGGCUUUGAAUACCUGCCUGAGAGUGAUCAGGCCGAGCUGCUGGUUACGGACGAGGAGUUGGAUGCAUUCCUGCAGGCGCACACAGAAGCAGAGCAGGGUGACAGGGUCUCUUAUUGCACCAGUUCUGGAGAUUUUACGGAACCUGAGAGUCUCUUAGAAUCAAAUGGAGAUCUGGAGGGCAGGCUGGUGGAAGAGGAACCGAGGAGCUGUGGUAGAGGCAGACGGGAGGACCUAGAGGGUCUGGCUUCUACUGAAAGCGACAGAUCAAUGUGUGUCCCUGUAGAAGGAAGUUUAAACCCUGGUGCUCCAACGCUGUUGCACGACUCCUGCCAAGAAGAGCCAGAACUCGCCUCUGGAGUAAGCCAUUCUUCGACCAGCAACACUUUCCAGUCCCAGCACAGCAGUAGCCCUGACCAGCAGCCCUCCUAUGGAGGUGCAAGACCUAAACAGCUACACUGCCAAACUGCUAGAUCUCCACCAGCAGGAGAGGAAGGAGAGGAGCAGGCCCAGGUGCUCAGUGGUUCUGCCAAAGUGCCAGGUACAGCAGAGGACGAAGAGACUUCACCUACUAGACCUGGUCUUACAGAGGAGCAUUCCAGCUUGAGGGAUUUGAGCCCUAUAUACGCCACUCAGGAUCAUCAGGAGUACAGUGUGGGAUGUGAUGAGCUCUCAGAGCCCCCACCUUACCCCGGGGAGCCAUCCGCAGAUGGUGCCAGGUCGGUGAACUGGAAGAGAGAGGGAGUGGAGGAGCUGGGGAGCAGGCAGCCCGCUUGGGUCCCAGACUCUGAAGCUCCAAACUGCAUGAACUGCUACCAGAGGUUCACUUUCACCAAGAGGAGGCAUCACUGUCGAGCCUGUGGAAAGGUCUACUGUGCCGUGUGCUGCAACAGGAAGUCUAAGCUGAAGUACUUGGAGAAAGAGGCUCGCGUGUGUGUCGUCUGCUUCGAUACCAUAAACAGAGCCCAGGCCCUGGAGCGGAUGAUGAGUCCUGUGGGUCCCAGUCCGAACCCCAACGUCCCAUCUGAGUACUGCAGCACCAUCCCCCCUCUGCAGCAGGCCUGGGCCGCCGGCACGCUGAACUCUCCUCCGCCGACCGUCAUGGUGCCCGUGUCCGUCCUCAAACACCCAAACAACGACAGUUGUCCUCGUGAACAGAAGCGCGUGUGGUUUGCUGAUGGCAUCUUGCCCAACGGAGAAGUGGCAGACACAGCCAGGCUGUCGGUGUCGAGCCGCAGGAGCUCCCAGGAGUUCAGUGGCGUCACUCCAGACCAAACAGCACCUGACUCAGCAGGGUCAGAACUUGGACCCGGUGGCUCCUCUUCCUCCCCUGAAGCCCCCGGAGUUGUAGAAGUGGUUCGACCUCCAGUGUCUGGACCCUGGGACUACGCCCUGCUCUCUGGAAUCAGUUCUUCUGUGAAGAGGGUUCCCAGUCUGCUGCCAGAAAACACUGAUGAACUCCCUCCUCUGCUCAUCAUGACUGGAGAGGAUGAAGCAGGAGAUGUUCUGGUUGAGGAAUGUCCUGCUCCAUGUCAGAUUCUGCACUUAUUAGAGGAGGGAGGACCCCGACCUCUGACCUUCGUUCUGAACGCCAACCUGCUCGUCAAUGUCAAACUGGUUACAUACUGCAGUCGGCAGUGCUGGUGUUUUGGCUCUAACGGGCUGCAGGCUCUGGGGCAGAGAGAGCUGGUGUUUUUGUUGGAGUAUUUGCCAGAAGAAAAAGCUCUUCCAAAAGACCUCUUCUCGCUCUAUCUCAACAUUUACCAGGAGGCUCAAAAAGGGAAGUUUGUGGAUGAGCUGGAUAAUGUGACCUUCACAAGCACUUUUCUGGGCAGUAAGGACCACGCUGGGAUGCUCUUCUUCUCUCCCACCUGUCAGCCACUAGAUGGCCUCGCUCUCCCCCGUCAGCCUUUCCUGGUGGGCCUGCUCAUCCAGAAACUGGAGGUGCCCUGGGCCAAAGUCUUUCCCCUCAGGCUGCUUCUGCGGCUCGGAGCAGAAUACAGCGUGUAUCCCACACCACUGACGAGUGUCCGUUUUCGGGACUCUGUGUAUCGAGAGACGGGACACACCAUCAUGAAUUUGUUGGCUGACCUGAGGAACUACCAGUACAGCCUGUCAGUGGUGGACGGCCUGAGGAUCCACAUGGAGAUGGGCCACAGCUACAUCGACAUUCCCAAAGGAAGCUUCAGUGAGAUGCAGAAGGUGGUAAAUGCGUCCAACGAGCACGUCAUCAGCAUCGGGGCGUGUUUCAGCUCGGAGGCCGACUCUCACCUGGUGUGUUUCCAGAACGAGGACGGAAACUAUCAGACUCAGGCGAGCAGCAUGCCCGGGAAGACCCGCACAGUGACUGGAGCCAGUUUUGUGGUGUUCAAUGGAGCCCUGAAAGCCUCGUCAGGCUUCAUCGCCAAGUCCAGCAUUGUUGAAGAUGGGCUGAUGGUGCAGAUCCCUCCAGAGACCAUGGAGGCUCUGCGCUCCGCCCUGAGGGAGCAGACGGACUUCCACAUACCCUGUGGCAGGAAUGACGGAGGGGAGCUGCGAGAAAACGUCACCGUCCGCUGGGUCGACUGGAGCUCGCCUGUCAACGCAGGCAGGACCAGCGGUGUUGAUGGGAGACCUCUGGAUGGAGUCCACAGUGUGAGGGUGCUGCAGGACGCCGAGUUUGAGUCUGACGGUCGCACCAUCAGGUGCACUGAGGUGUUCUAUCAGCUCAAGAGUCCAGACUGCAGCCUCGCGUCCGUGCUGUCGUCCUGCAGCGUGUUUCAGAGAGAGAUGGCUUCGGCCGCCUGCAGCGCCCUGACGCCUCACCUCGCCGUUCUCACCUCCAGUGGCAUCAACUCGCUCUCCCUCCGCAUCUCCACUCAGGCUGAUAUGGUGGAGUACCAGGCCGGCUGUGGAGGCCGCCUCCUUCCUCAGCGCUACAUGAACGAGCUGGACGGCGCUCUGAUCCCAGUCAUCCAUGGAGGUAGUGCCAGUGUGCCACAGACUGCCAUGGACAUGGAGUUCACCUUCUACAUCACACACACUAUCUAAUGCACACGCAGACCUUAACACACACCGAACUCACGAAGCAGACGGCAGCUGAGCGCAGAAAGAGAAGCUGCUGAUUGGCGCAGGACGUGCUAACGGCUCAGCUAGCACGACAUGGCCGCUCUGAGGUCAGGGAGGUAAACCAGCACCAUCUGUGAACGGACACGUUGUGCGUUUUUGUGUUUCGUGCUCACCAAAGCUGCUUUAACACAAGAAGCCAAACACUAAACAAGGAAUACGACAACACGACCAAAUAAAACCAAACUAUUCAAACUGUUUCCUCGUGCUCUGCCUUCCAGGCUCCCCGCUGGCCUCCGUCGGCUCGGAGCAUCUCAGUGAAUGUUUCCCACAGACGCUCAGUCCAAACGUCUCUCAUUUGGAUGUAUUUAUUAUACUUUAACAUGGGCUCAUUGGAAGACAUGAUUAAAGACGGACGUCGCUGACUGCAGAGGUGAUUCGUGUGAUCAGGUGCUGCUCAAAGUGGACACUGCAGGGAUGAAAAGAAAUCGCAUCUCGUUUAAGGUACUUUGAUUUCAUGUGCUUGUUUGAGAUGAUUCUGCACAGGAAGACGUGGGGCCUCAUGCAAGAACCAGUUCAGGUUCAACAAACUCAGCCUGAUUGAGACAUGAUAAUUACUGUUGGUGGUGACCUGCUCAGUUUGUGAGUGAGUGUGAUCCAUUAAUGAUAACAUUUAGUAUAUGAAGGAAAAGACCAGCUUUUUUCUGUUGGAGGCUGGAUCACAAGAUCUGCUGUGGAAACUGCCAAGACGUGGCUCCACAUGGCAACAUCAGAAUUCUUGGUUUCUCAUAUUGAGCAUGUCUAAACUGAUAGACUCAUUUGGUUUAGCACUCCCAAUGUUCCCAAUGUUAAGAGAAACAUGCGAUGCGCUUUCACUCUCUGACUGGAUCUCUUCAGUGGAUUUACUGCGGACACUAAUGGGUUCAUUUUAUGAAAAUGUCACCAAAGAGUUAAAAGAAGAACUCCUGAAAUCAAAUGAAAACACAACAGGAUGUCAGCAGGCGCAGCAGGAGGUCGUUCAGUUGUUUUUAUGUCAAAAUAUGGCAGUGAAAGUGGGCGAAAAGUUGUCAAAGCUUGCAGAACAUUGGCUGCUCUGAUGCUGGUGAUCUGGUGAAGAGAACAGAGAUUUUGCCUAAAAGCUCAUUCAGAUCACGAUCCCUAACUCCAACAAGUAUUUGUCCUCUGCUGGCCAUGAGGAUUACUUGUGAACUUUGUUUGUAAUUGUAACUGAUUGUUGUAGGCUUAGGCGUCACCUGAGGUCCCACCUGUUUGUGUGGAUGUUCCUAGCAUGAGGCCUGUUUUGUGCUCAGAUGAAGCUGUGCUCUGAGACACGGAGCAAGUUAUUUAGCUAAAAGGUGAACAUGACGGGUAUAAUUUGGUGUUUCAGCUAUAAUCAGAUGACAAAGUAAACUAAUUUGAAAUCUAAUCGAACUUUUUAUCUUUCUUCUUGUUUUGAUUACCUUCGGUCUCUGCCAAGAUGACUUACGAGUAAAACGGCCUUUGAUUGCUGAUUAGCGUUUCCCAGCUCCAAAUCAAAUGCCACUGAUGUGUCUUCACCUCAAAACACUUUAUGUGUCUGCUUCAGUGUUUGAGUCUUGGUUAAAUGAUCAUAUUUUGCACAGUUGAUGGGAUUUUGACUUCAUAUUUUAUGGCAUUUUGCAAGUCAUCUCGGUCACCUUUUUUUAUUUUCAAGAUUUUGCAGUUAUAUUCAAAUGUACAGGCUUUUUGGAAAGUUUAAACUGUUUGACAUUCUGGUAAAAAUGCUUAGUGACUCUCUUGAAAAGAGUUAAAAGAGAAGGCCGAUGCCGUUCUGUUGAUUUAAAUAUGAAGCUACAGCCGGCUGCUACUUAGCUUAGCCUAGCAUAAAGACUGGAACCAGAGGGAAAGAGCUAGCCCGUCUACCAGCAUCUAAAGCUCAGUAAUGAACACGUUAUAUCUUCUGUUUGUACAGAAACUGAAGUUAAAAAACGACACUUUGUGGUUUUAUGGAAAUCAGUGAUGCACAGAUCGCAGUUAAAUCAAGUCAAAUGAAGUUCUGUCAGCUGUCCUCCUGAUAAAUCCUGAGCUUCAGAGCUUUUUCAACUGAGCUGUUUCUUCUGGUUUUAUUCCUAACAUGAUGACAUGUUAGUCCAGCACAAACCCCCCCUUAAAACCACAGCUUGUUGUUUUUAAGCUUCGGUUUUUGUACGCAUGGUGCAAAGUAAGUAAGAGGAUUUCCCAAAAUAUUAACAAAUAUGUAAACACAUAUAUCUGUUGUUGGUUCUCUGUGAACCCACGAAGUAUUUCAGCACACAGUGAAUCAGAGGAGCCUCGUGUUUUGUAUUUUAACGCACUUUAGAAGCAUGAAAACAGCCGGCAGCUCUGAGGGUUUUCACUGUGUUGGGUGUACAGGAAGUGUCACGUAGGGUUUUAACCCGGGUCGUCGGGAGGAUUAAACGUUCUUCACCAGCUUCUCUUCUUUUCCCGCCAAAUUUACAGUAAGAUCAGAACUGCCAGCCUCUGAGUACAAGUGCUUAAAAUAAAAACUCUUUAUAGUGCGGAUAGUAGAGCGUCUGUUUAAUGUAGCUGAGCGUCCCGCAGUCUCGCUGGUCAGUCACUCAGCUUUGUCCAAAUGUAUAAAAGAUGAAUUGUAUGCAGAGAGAUUUCUGCUUUCUUUUCUUUUGUUAUUAGUAAUGAAGAGUUAUUUUUGGAAUCAUUGGUAUAGAAGUUUUAACAAUCUGAAGAGUUCGUAUUUUUGAUAGGCUACAUUCGUUUGUGUGGAGAGCUCACUGAGCACCGAGAGCAAAAACAAAUUGAUCCCAGAAAACAAAGCAGAAGGUGGAAAAUGUCAAACUCCAAAAUGCAAUUACAAAAUCUGAAGAGAGAAUAAAAGCAGCUCUGGGUGUUGACUUUAACCCGCUUCACAUUCACUUGCUAACGCUCAGAGAGCUGGUAUUUAGUAGAAAUCACAGAGUAAUAAAUCUCUUUAAAAAAUAAUCAGCAAAUAUGAUGCAACUGAGCUGUUUUUGUGAGUUUUAACCACAUGAAGCUGCUGGGAGUGAGCUCCUCUGCUCCUGGAUGCCCAGUGAUUUCAGAGCUGCGUUCAGCUGCUGGAUGAUCAGCAGGCCGAGUUUCUGACUGACAGGCGCAGAGAAAACGUUGAGCUGAUGGUUUAGUGUCACCUGAGUUACCUGCCCGCCACAUAAGGCUGUUUAGUAAACACCAGAAAGGCAAACUAGCUGACUGUGGUGCAUUUAUAAGCACUUAGCAUUUAGCUCGAGUCACCCUGAGCUCAAGCGCAGCCUCCCACGUCACGUCUUGAGCCGUUCUCACAAGUCAGCGUUUAAGAUUUCAGACAGAAAGUUAAACUCCUACAGCAUCGUAGUUCUCCUCUGCGGUUUCAUCUCCCGUGAACCGGCUUACAAAGUCGUUUAAAGACAGAAAGAGCUCUGACGUCAAACCCGUUGAAAGACGCUGCCGUUUGCGGGCCUGCGUGCGUCUGGCAGUGGAGGUUAAAAUCACUUUCUGAUUUAGUUUGGUAGUUUUUGCAGCGGUCGACAGAUUCCUGUUUGCGGGGGGAAUCUGAGCUUCAAAUGGGGGCAAGUCAACAAGUUUCAUCUGCUGUGCAAAUAACCUCCAAACAUGCAGGGAGUUUGUGGACGGCUGAUUGAUCUCGACAAAGUACACACCACGUUAUUUUCUGAAUUUGAACUUUGGAGUGUUGCAAACGCGAUGAUUUUGACAGUUUGCUCUGGAGUUGUUGUUGUAAGAUUUUGGGGGACAAAUACCAUAGUUCAUAAUAUUUUCUUCCUGGGGGGGUGAUGAUCGAUCACUUUUCCACUUUGUCAGAAUGAGAAGUUCUUUUCUGCUUUAAGACGUGUUGUUUUGUGUAACUCAUGUAUUUAUUCAUAAGCACCAGCUUUAUUUUGGUGAACCUGGUAUCUGGGUCCUGAUCAGUUUCUCCACAGCUUGUGUAUUUAAAGAAUAAAAUGAGUUUUAUGAAAAA